CCUCUCCAGCCAUGCCGCGCGAGAAAGCCCGCGGCGCCGCGCUGGCGGACGCAGCUGCGCGCCGGCCGGCAGCAGUGCAGAAGCAUCGCAAGGGCAAGAAGGGCCGGGAAUCAGCGAGGGUAGCGAAGGUAUCGUCGAGGCUCAAGGGUGUUCCGCCGCCGCCGCUGCUGCCGCGGACAGACCUGGUCGCGGCGCCGGUGCACGCGAAGCUCAAGUACGCGAACUCGUACUGGGAGUUUACGGAGAACAAGGAGAAGAAGAAGAAGUUGGAGUUUGCGAUCACGAAUGAUAAGACGCCGCCGGCGGGGUUUACGUUUGUGCCGGUGGGGAAUCCGGAGUUGAGUCGAGCGUGUAAGGAGGUUUCGAGGGAGGAGGGGGCGAUGAUCUUUAUUGUUUCGAAUACGAAAGAGCAGAAUCAUAACUUGUUUGAUCAUAUUCAUCGGAUAGGGUUCCAUUUUCGAAGCUAUAUUGUCGACCAGGCCGCGUCUACUCUUGGGGGAUUACAGGCUGUCACAGGUGAUGGUAAACCUAUCGUGGCGAAUUCAGGAGAUGAGAUCCCAGAGACUCAGGAAGAAAUAAACAAGCAAGCGGAUGCGGCGCUGAGAGAUCUGUUCCCCAGGAUUCCGAACACCGAUCGAGAGAUGAUCAUCCAACAUGCUUUCCAAAAAGGAGCUAUCUUCCAGGGCAAACCUGUUGUUGGGCUGCAGCCUGAGCUCACACUUUCGCGCCGUGUGCAGCUUGCCGCCAACGCUCACAUCCGCCAUAACCACACCCGAUACGACAAGCUGCUACACGAGACGGAUUAUCUCAAUGCGAGGCGAGUGGUGGAGCCGCUCUGCCUGGAUUUCAUCAUGAAAUGGCGCGGAGACGAAGAAACGGGCCGGGAUCAGCUGGAUGAACUCUUGCGUGAAGUGGUCGUGAUUCCGGACUCGGAUGAAGAAAGUGAAGAGGAGGAAGAAAGCGCAUCGGAUGAUGACGAGGUUCAAUUUCUACGCGAAGUUGUGCACGACGCGCCACGCCGGCAAGGGACCAACCCGCCUCGAUAUGGGAACAAGUUUCAUGUCGAUGAUCCGAGGAGAAACGAGGGAGGUGAAGGAGACGCUUACUCUGAGAUCGCGACACGCACACGCUCCAAGACAAACAACAAGCAGGCGCGAGGGCGGAAGGAUAAGCAAGCAAGGCGAGGCUUCAAGCGUUAUCAGGCUUGGGAAGAUGCUCAGAAGAGGCAACAAGCUUCGCAUGCAGCACCAGCCAGACAGCCGUCCUUCGAUGACCGGAGAAAUAAUGAGUCAAGGCAGGCUCACAGACUGUCCAAUAAUGCAUCCGGAUUUUAUGGCGGUGAUGAACGGCUGCCUGCUGAAGAGCCACAACGUCUCCAGAGAAACGUUGUCGAGAACCAGCCCAGAUAUCGUGAAUUACCUGUCAGCCGACCCUUGGAAUCUGUCCAAUACCAACAAGUACCUGUGAGUCGAGCACCAGAACAGGGCCACUACGUACAACGCGAGGUAAUGUUGAGAUCCAACAUCCUUGAUCAGUACAAAGAUCCACCACCCCGGACCACCUAUGAAUAUGUGAACCGGCCCCUAGUUACUGAAUCCGCCGAACCUUGGAGAUCCGAGGCACCGCGCUCUCGAGAACCGCGCCAGCUAGCCGGUACAACUCGGCCAUUUAGCCCGCACGAAGUCCUCCCCUCCAUUGAGCGCGGCGACCUGUCCAGCGACCGCUCAGAUAGAAGAGAGUCACCAAUCAUGCUGAGUACCCGACAGGUGAGGAACGCCCCACCCCGGGCCCAUGAAGAACAGGUAUUGUACACACGCGGUGAGCCUGAGCCCAAGCGCUUCAGACCCCUCCCCGUCCACUCCAACGUCAUCUACGUCGAUGAGCCGGAGGUCGUGCCUAAGCGCCGCCGCGUAGCUGCGGACCCUGGCAUCUUUCAGCCCGCGAGCCAGGGCGUGGAGUAUGUGCGUCUUCGUCCGGUAGCGCGUGCUGAUGAUCGUUUCUUUCCUUCGUCUUCGUUGGCUGCGUCGUCUCAGGGGAUAGAGGCGCGUCGGUAUGAUAAUGCAUUCCCUCAGAAUGCUGUCGUCGAUAGCAAGCAGCCUCUGGCGCCCAGAGAGCUUCGGCAUGUCAGACACGUGCCAGAUCACAAUGCGGCUUUUGGUAAGCUUUCAUUAGAUGAUCGUGCGCAGCGAGGUGAGUCUCAGGCGCCUAUACGGCAGCGAGUUGUAGAGCAGCGGCCGGCCGCUUAUGUGUCUGAUAACCGUCCACCGGGAGCGUAUGAACAGCGCUAUGCUGCUCAGGAGCCACAGUACUAUCAGCGCCCUGUUGCAGUGACCCGCGAGCAGGCAGAGUACCAGUCUCGUGAACCUGUACCGGUGUAUUUACCGGCCAGACCUCCACAAGCCGAUCGUCCGCGUUCUGAGUUACAAGCGAGACCUUUACCAGCUACUGAACGUCCCCAUUCUGCCUUACCAGCCAGACUCCAACCAGUCGAACGUCCAUACGGCGAUUUUGAGCCGCAGCCUGUAGAGUAUCGACGUGUCCCUUCACGAGAACAGCAGUACGGGGAAGUUCGUACACGACCGCAAGAGGAUCUCAGGGAUCCAAGAUAUGUAACGCGACAGGUUAGGCCGCAGGGGGGUGAGGUGCGGUAUGAAGUCGCUCCGGGACCGGCGCUGAAUGGGCCGAAGAUGUAUUCGAGGAGUACGCCGAGGCCUGGAGAGGUUAUUGUGUUGGAUUGAUUGGUGGUUGAUCUGUUUGGUGGACGAUUGGGAUGAGGCAUUCGAUGGCUUGAAGUUUUAUGGUUUAAUACUGGUGUGGAAGGGGUAUGAGGGACGAAUAACGUGACGAGAUUUGGAUGGUGGACGAUGCACCUUUCGGUGGGAGGUGGCUGACUUGUGGUUUUAACACAUACAGCAGGAGUAGGUUUAUAUAGACGGGAGUUGUUCAUUAACAACUUGGCGUGGGGAGGGCGGUUGGGAGGAGCAUAUAUUGGUGGACAGGGGCAUAUACUUUUUUGCACUGUUUGUAUGGAAGCAUGAUACCCACGCAAGGCAUGAAGCAUUAAAGGUUGGGAGGACUUUUGUCACGGCCAAAACACAUAUAAUAUAGACUUCACAGAUGCACAAAAUCAAAGAAGCAUA